AUGGCCCCUUUCCCAUCACUGACCAAAGAAUGGCAUUCGGAGCCUUACCCGUCCAUUGAUCCAACUCGACCGGAGUUAUCGGCCAAGGGUAAAGUCAUCGCCAUCACAGGUGGAGAAGGCAGUAUCGGCAUAGCUGUGGCCAGGGCCUUUGCUCGUGCCGGCGCCGAACGCAUUGCGAUCGUCGGCCGCUCGGUUGACCGUUGGAGCAACGCCAAGAGAGAGAUCGAAUGCCUGGGGGCGCGGGUGCUGGCCGUCCGCGGCGACAUCUCAGAUGGUCCCUCGAUCCAUAGUGCCUUUGCAACCAUCGAGAGAGAAUUCGGCAAGGUAGACGUCGCGGUCGCCAAUGCAGGAUAUCUCCCCAGGUUCAGUUCAAUCCCAGAAGCCGAUCCUGACGAGUGGUGGAAAGGCUUCGAGGUCAACACAAAGGGGGCCUUCAACACCUCGCGCGCCUUUCUGGCUGUGGCGGCGCCGGAAGCCUAUCUCGUGGACAUUUCUUCAGGCAUUGUCCACAUGCCAGCCAAGCCCGGUGCUUCCAGUUAUAUUUCAUCCAAGCUGGCGGCGACGAAGGUGUAUGAGACAGUCGCGGCUGAAAACGAGAGUCUCCAUGUCGUUUAUAUUCAUCCCGGAGUGGUCCGUAGCGAGUUGAGUCGCAAGGCUGGUAUGACGGCGAUGGAUUCAGCUGACCUUGCCGGCCAGUUUGUCUUGUGGGCAGUUAGUCCGGAGGCCAAGUUUCUUCGCAACAAAUAUCUGUGGGCCAACUGGGAUGUAGACGAGCUGAAACGGCGCCGGGAAGAGUUGGGACAGCCGCACCAGUUGAACAUCAGAAUGAAUGGACUACCUCUCUGCUAA